CUAGUAUCGUUCCGAUAUCGAUGUCAGCCUUGGUAUCGAUAUUUAAAUCGAUACACCCAGCCCUAGCGGGAACCUCGUCAUCUCGAUUCUGAUUUGUGUCCACGCUUGGUUGUGAACCUACUGUUGGGGGGAAAAAAUCAGCUGCUUCACAAAUGGCUGGAGGGAAAGAAGUAUGGAGAACAAUUGGAGAGGGAUUUGUCCAGCAAUAUUAUAACCAGUUUGACAAUACCAACAGAAUGGAAAUAUGUAACCUCUAUUCUGCUGAUGCCUGUUUGACAUGGGAAGGAUCAUUUUUUCACGGGAGAGAAGCCAUCGCUGGCAAACUUGUAAACCUGCCUUUCAGCCGCAUCAAGCACAUUAUCACAGGUCAAGACUGCCAGCCGACAAUAGACAGUUGUAUCGUCAUCAUGGUAUUUGGACAGUUACAGGUAGAUGACGAUCCACCAAUGGCCUUCCAUCAAGUGUUUAUGCUGAAGUCCCAGAACUGUGCGUGGGCGUGCGCGAACGACGUGUUUCGGCUGGGGAUACACAACAUACCGGUGUAGAGCCCUCGGAUUUGUUGGCUUACGAAGAAAACAAACAAAACAAAAAAAACACUUGACAAACAUGAAAUCCCACUUUGAUCAUGCUGCCAUUUUUGAAUACAGGGACCCAUGUGUAAAGUUAUUCCAUCUUUAAUGUUACAAUGUCACAUUCCAAAUAACAUUCAUGUCAAAUUAAAUAAUUGAUCACUGAA